AUAUACUAUAACUAUAUGUAUUUAUAUAUAUAUAUACUUAAUUUCAAUGUAUCACGUGAUAGUACAGCCAUGCGUCUUUUAUGCAACAUGGCGACCGGCAAAGGACUUGCAAUCGUUUUCCGAUCAAAGACUAUUAAUUUUAUCAGCAAUAAUAAAUUAAAUAAAUUGUCAUGUGGUAUUGUGCAGAAAUGUAGCACAUGUCAUCAAUCUAAUACAACAAUAGUAUUGGGUGUCGGCAACUGGAACUUAAAGAAAAUAGAAAAAUGUAUGAUAGGAAAUUUAACUCAAAUUCAAAGAGGAAUACAUACAACGCAAAAACUAUUAAAACGUAAUUAUUAUGAAAUAUUGGGUGUAUCCAAAAAUGCUUCAGCAAAAGAUAUUAAGAAGGCUUACUAUCAGCUUGCUAAAAAAUAUCAUCCUGAUACAAAUAAAGGAGAUCCAGAUGCAAGUAAGAAGUUUCAGGAAGUUUCAGAAGCAUAUGAAGUAUUAAGUGAUGAUAAUAAAAGAAAAGAAUAUGAUACAUGGGGAGCUACAUCAGAACAAAUGGGAAUGGGACAACAGGGUACUGGUCAUACCAAAGACUUUAAUGAAGGAUGGCAAUUUCGGUCAUCAAUUAAUCCAGAAGAAUUAUUUAGAAAAAUAUUUGGAGAAACUGGAUUUCAAACUAAUAUUUUUAAUGAUUUUGAAGAUUAUCAAGAUUCAAAAUAUGGUUUUGGAGCAGCUCAAGAGGUUAUUAUGAAUUUAACAUUUCCUCAAGCUGCCAGAGGAGUCAAUAAAGAUAUACAACUAAAUGUAGUAGAUACAUGUCCAAAAUGUUUAGGUUCACGAUGUGAACCUGGAACAAAAGCAGUUAGAUGCCCGUAUUGUAAUGGAACUGGAAUGGAAACGAUUAGCACUGGUCCUUUUGUAAUGCGAUCUAGUUGCCGUUAUUGUUUAGGUACCAGAAUGUUUAUUAAAUAUCCCUGUCAGGAAUGUCAAGGAAAAGGACAAACGGUGCAACGUAAAAAAGUGGUAGUUCCAGUACCAGCUGGUGUCGAAGAUGGUCAAACAAUUCGGAUGGCUGUUGGUAACAAAGAAGUAUUCAUAACAUUCCGUGUGGAAAAAUCAAAAUACUUUCGAAGAGAUGGUCCAGACAUACAUACAGAUGCUCAAAUUUCAUUAUCACAAGCAGUACUUGGUGGUACAAUAAGAAUAGAAGGCGUUUAUGAGGAUCAUACCAUACAAAUUCGACCUGGUACUUCGUCUCAUACUAAAAUUCGACUCAGUGGUAAAGGAAUGAAAAAAGUAAAUGGUGUAGGAUAUGGAGAUCAUUAUGUACAAAUUAAAAUUGUCGUACCUACAAAAUUAAAUGAUAAACAAUUAGCAUUACUUCAAGCAUAUGCUGAACUCGAAGAUGAUACACCUGGAAGUAUACAUGGCAUAACAUACAAAACAGAUGGUCCAAGGGUAAAAACUCAAGCGAGACAGAAUAUGCAAAGUGAACAGAAUAUUGAAAAUGAUGGUCUCCUUAAUAAAAUCAAGAAAGCUAUAUUUGGAUAGAAAAUUUGGGACUAAAGAGAGUUAUACUGGUCCUUUGAAUUUAGUGAAAUCUAUACGGAUAGCAUUAGAUGGCAAAAAUAUUUCUCAUAUAAACUGUGGAUCUUCUGAUUCAGAAAAUAAAUCUCAAAAUAACACUGGAAAGAAAACGAAUAGAUUAAGAAAUGGAGAUAUUAACACAAUGAGAAGACGGGAAGCAUCUUAAAGUUCAAAUUUGAAUAUUAAAAAUUUUCAACAA